AUGGGUUUUGGUAUAACUUCAUCUUCUUCGGUUAUAGGUCUUCUCCUUCUCUCCACCAUCACGUUGGCACUAGCCGUGGACGUCAGCUCUCGUUCGGCGGAAGACACGGCGCAGGAGAUCAUCUCUUCCCUAGCGCACGCCAAAUAUCAAGAAUGGUCUGCCGCCUUUAUCUCCACCAACGACAAGAUUCGCGGGGGUGUUUUACCGGCUACCCUCUUCGUUCCUGCUGCUGCAACUGACGAAUACAAUGGUGAUCGACGAGUUGCUGCGUACCGUGUCGUGCCGGAAAAGAUGGUGUUUUCCGAUCUCCUCGCCAAGACAAAUCAAAGUCGGAUUCGUACUCUUCUUGGAGGAUUUUCGAUCCUGCUUUACAACACAUCUAAAGGUGGUUUAACUCUUGAUGGCGUGAGCAUAACGGAGCCUGACAUGUACGUCGAUUCUUUCAAGGCGAUUCACCGGAUUGCACAUCCUCUUCAUUUCACCACUCCCGAGGACCCGAAGGUUAAAUCAGAAGUGCCAGUUUUAGCAUUUGUCCUCGUUACUGUGGUCGUUUGCACCAUUUCCUGGAUAUGUAUCACCCGCCGUUAG